ACAAUGUAGUCUUGGGGCUCCGGCUCAGGGCAUAACCCAAACACAAGCUUUUGACCUGUCUGGCGCACUUUCAUUUGUCACGGGGGGCCAAGGUGGUGCGUAAGUGGGCGGUAGAUAUGGCAACACUUCCACUGGGUGAACUUUGGGAGGAAUCCAGGACGUGAAUUUAAUGGGAGGUGAAGCUGCGACAGUAGUGGGAAGUUAGAGCGGCCAACUGCAGGAAGCCAUGCUUCAUUACACCCUUCAUGGAAGCUGGCACCCUCUCCCAACCAUUGUUACCCGCGGGCCAGUUCUCCAGGCACAGGCCUUCAGAUGGUCUCUAGCGACCGGCCCGUGUCACUGGAGGACGAGGUCUCCCAUAGUAUGAAGGAAAUGAUUGGAGGCUGUUGCGUUUGCUCAGACGAGAGAGGCUGGGCCGAGAACCCGCUGGUUUAUUGCGACGGGCACGGCUGCAGCGUCGCGGUGCAUCAAGCUUGCUAUGGCAUUGUUCAAGUACCUACUGGACCAUGGUUUUGCAGGAAAUGUGAAUCUCAGGAGAGAGCAGCCAGAGUGAGAUGUGAGCUGUGUCCCCAUAAAGAUGGAGCUUUAAAAAGAACAGAUAAUGGGGGUUGGGCUCAUGUGGUUUGUGCCCUCUAUAUUCCAGAGGUACAAUUUGCCAAUGUUUCUACAAUGGAGCCAAUCGUUUUACAGUCUGUCCCACAUGAUCGUUAUAAUAAGACUUGCUACAUAUGUGACGAACAAGGAAGAGAAAGCAAAGCAGCAACCGGUGCUUGCAUGACGUGUAACAAGCACGGGUGUCGACAGGCUUUCCACGUGACCUGUGCUCAAUUUGCUGGGCUGCUUUGCGAAGAAGAAGGGAACGGUGCAGACAACGUCCAGUACUGUGGCUACUGUAAAUACCACUUUAGUAAGCUGAAAAAGAGCAAACGGGGAUCUAAUAGGUCAUAUGAUCAAAGUUUAAGUGAUUCUUCCUCUCACUCUCAGGAUAAACAUCAUGAGAAAGAGAAAAAAAAAUAUAAAGAAAAGGACAAACACAAACAAAAACACAAGAAGCAACCAGAACCAUCACCUGCCUUGGUUCCUUCUUUGACUGUUACUACAGAAAAAACUUAUACAAGCACUAGCAACAACUCUAUAUCUGGAUCACUGAAGCGCUUGGAAGACACUGCAGCAAGAUUUACAAAUGCAAAUUUCCAGGAAGUCUCUGCACAUACCUCUAGUGGAAAAGAUGUUUCAGAGGCUAGAGGGUCAGAGGGAAAAGGGAAGAAAUCUUCAGCUCACAGCUCAGGUCAAAGGGGAAGGAAGCCUGGUGGUGGAAGAAAUCCAGCAACCACUGUGUCAGCAUCUAGCCCCUUUCCACAAGGCAGUUUCUCAGGAACUCCAGGCAGUGUAAAGUCAUCUUCUGGAAGUUCAGUGCAGUCUCCCCAGGACUUCUUGAGCUUUACAGACUCAGAUCUGCGCAGUGACAGUUAUACUCACUCCCAGCAGUCAUCAUCAACCAAAGAUGUACAUAAAGGAGAGUCGGGAAGCCAGGAAGGAGGAGUCAAUAGUUUUAGUUCUUUAGUUGGUCACCCUGUGACCUCAACUGUCAUUUCACAGCCUAAAAGCUUUGAAAAUUCACCUGGAGAUUUGGGUAGUUCCAGCCUCCCUACAGCAGGAUAUAAGCGGGCUCAGACUUCUGGUAUAGAAGAAGAAGCUGUAAAGGAAAAGAAACGAAAAGGAAAUAAACAAAGUAAACAUGGGCCUGGCCGACCCAAAGGAAACAAAAAUCAAGAGAAUGUUUCUCACCUCUCAGUUUCUUCUGCUUCACCAACAUCAUCUGUAGCAUCAGCUGCAGGAAGUGUAACAAGCUCUAGUCUUCAGAAAUCUCCUACACUGCUCAGGAAUGGAAGUUUGCAGAGUCUUAGUGUUGGCUCCUCUCCAGUGGGUUCAGAAAUUUCCAUGCAGUAUCGGCAUGAUGGAGCUUGUCCAACAACUACUUUCUCAGAGUUGCUGAAUGCAAUACACAAUGGUAUUUAUAACAGCAAUGAUGUAGCUGUAUCCUUUCCAAACGUGGUGUCUGGCUCCGGAUCUAGUACUCCUGUCUCUAGCUCUCACAUACCUCAGCAGUCAUCUGGACAUUUGCAACAGGUGGGAGCCCUCUCCCCGUCCGCCGCGCCAUCUGUUACCCCAGCCGCCACCACAGCUCAGGCAAAUACCCUUUCUGGAUCUGCUCUUAGUCAGGCGCCAGCUCAUCUGUAUGGCAGUAGAUUAAAUCCAAAUCCACCCAUGGCAGUUCUCAUAGCUCAGUCUGACAGCAACCAAACAGAUCAAGAUCUUGGAGACAAUAGCCGAAGCCUAGUUGGUCAAGGAAGCUCACCCCGAGGAAGCCUCUCCCCAAGAUCACCUGUGAGCAACUUGCAGAUUCGUUAUGAUCAACCAAGCAAUAGCAGUCUGGAGAAUCUGCCUCCAGUAGCAGCAAGUAUUGAACAGCUUUUGGAAAGGCAGUGGAGUGAAGGACAGCAAUUUUUAUUAGAACAGGGGACUCCUAGUGACAUUUUAGGAAUGCUGAAGUCAUUACACCAACUUCAAGUUGAAAAUCGAAGAUUAGAAGAACAAAUUAAAAACUUGACUGCCAAAAAGGAGCGUCUUCAGUUACUGAACGCACAGCUUUCCGUGCCUUUCCCAACACUAGCAGCCAAUCCUAGCCCACCUCAUCAAACGCAUACCUUUUCUGCACACACUGCUCCUACUACUGAUUCAUUGAACAGCAGUAAGAGCCCACACAUAGGAAACAGCUUUUUACCUGACAAUUCUCUUCCUGUAUUAAAUCAGGACUUAACUUCCAGUGGACAGAGCACCAGCAGUUCUUCUGCGCUUUCGACCCCCCCACCUGCUGGGCAGAGCCCAGCUCAGCAAGGCUCUGGAGUUAGUGGGGUUCAGCAGGUCAAUGGUGUGGCAGUAGGGGCCUUAGCUAGUGGGAUGCAGACAGUAACCUCCACCAUUCCUGCCGUGUCUGCAGUUGGUGGAAUAAUUGGAGCUUUGCCAGGUAACCAACUGGCAAUUAAUGGCAUUGUAGGAGCUUUAAAUGGUGUAAUUCAGACCCCUGUCACAAUAUCCCAGAACCCUGCCCCCCUUCCCCACGCCAGUGUCCCGCCUAACGCAGCACAUCCAAUGCCGGCUGCCGCAGCACUGACUAACAGUGCCUCGGGACUAGGGUUACUGUCAGACCAGCAGAGACAAAUAUUUAUCCAGCAGCAGCAGUUUCAGCAGCUGAUAAACUCCCAGCAGCUCACCCCGGAGCAGCACCAGGCCUUCCUGUACCAGCUGAUGCAGCAGCAGCACCACCCACCUGAGCUCCAGCAGCUGCAGCUCCCCGGGCCCACCCAGAUCCCCAUCAACAACCUCCUUGCAGGCACUCAGGCUCCCCCACUCCACACAGCCACCACCAACCCCUUUCUCACCAUCCAUGGGGACAACACAAGUCAGAAAGUCACAAGACUUAGUGAUAAAACGGGGCCUGUAGCUCAAGAGAAAAGUUGACACUUGAAAAGCAUCUCCUCGCCCCUCCUGCUGCCCCGCGCUCCACCCAGCUGCUGCCCCGCUCUGGCCCGCUCUGCAGGAAGGUGGCGGGAGUCCCAGGAAGGACGCCACGCGUGCUCUUGUAAGGCUCCGCUUAUUUCCUUGUCGCUUUGUUGCACUGAAACGAAAUUCCCAUGUCCCCAUCCCUACCAAAGUGUUUGGACUGUGGAAGAAAAAUGAAUAGCUAACUGUUUUGUGAAUGAAAUAAUUCACAUGCAGAGUUUAUGAACCCAAGAAAAAUGUAAUAUGCUGAGUGCUCAGCUAGUUUUGUUUUAAAUUGGAGACAAAUAGUAAAACUAAAGACUUAUUGCAUUUGCAAACCACUUGGUUUUAUUGUAAAAGUCAGAAUAUGAAGUAUCUCAUUUGGGAUAGAGUGUGCUUGCUCUCUGGGGCAGAGUUUUGAGAACUGUCCAGUUUCUUCUCUUGGAGUUCUGUCAUUAAACAUUGUGACUCUCCAGAUCCUCAGCUGGGGCUUUGCAAAUGUUGUUUUAAAAAAAUUCCUUUCUAAUGACAUUUGUCCCUUUGGUGAUCAAAUUAGGAUGGGAACACAAGCUUCUGCCGACAGUAAUUUCCUCUUGCAAAAAAAAAAAAAAAUGCUUUUUCUUAUUGUUAAAACCUACUUAAAAAGAGUUCUUGAGUUAAGCAAGUUCUAGGCUGCUGGGAGAACCAGAUCAACUGGAAAUGUAUAAUUUUGUUCAGAAAGAGACACCAGUGUGGAAAUUGCUGGUAGGGUCUGGCCUUAAUCAAGUGUCUGUUGGGACCUCCACAGAUGAAGGGCUCUAGACGGCAGGGUAGGCCUGUGCCAGCAGCUUCCCCAUCCCUGCCUUUGCUGAAACUCCCUGCCACUGUCGAGAGCUCAUGCAAACUGUUACCUGGGUAUUUGUCCCCCAAUGACUCACAAGGAAACAAGUGGAUUUGGGGAGUCUAUAUAAUCAACCUCUCAGAACUGCCUGUUGGAACAAAUGGGUCACCACAGUUCCUAAGACCUGUCCCACAGCCUUUUGACUUUGGGUAGUCAUGCUCUUGAUUGUGACACUAUGGCAGACUGGUCAACAGUUGGGGGACAGAAUCAUUGAUGUGUGUCCGAAAUGCAUGGCUGACUUGUGGAAAAGGCCCCGCUGCAGUUCGACCUCCACUGUGCUUAGCUGGAAGAACAGGCUAGCUCUGCAGGAUGUCUCCGGGGACACUGCACAGUUCUUACCUCACUUCUGUAAAUAAGGUUUGUGAAUCUGUUUGUAAUGUGAAAAAUUCAUAAGAUAACAUUGAUAUUUUGAUUUGUAAGAUUUCUACUCGGUAGAUUUAAUUGAAAAGUAAAAUUAAUUUAUUUUUAUAUGUUCAGGGGAAUUUUAAAGAAAGUCAAACCUUUUGUAGAUAAUUUAAAAGAAUCAGUGUGGUUUAUUUUACUUAUUUAACCCACUGGUUGUUAUUCUGUAACAAUUUGUAUAAAUGGUAAAUUUUGAAUGUGCUGUUAUUUUCCUUAGAUGUAAAAUUCCAUAUGUAUUAAAAUGUACAAAGUUUUUGUUAAUAAAAUUUAACGAUGUUUAUAA